ACAAAGACUCCUUAAUACAUCCGUGGUCAACGGCAGAAGCGAAGUUAACGAGCUUGUUUUGGUAAACAGAAAGUCGGUGGGAUCUGAAAUGAUGUUUUAAAUGGUGUCGCGGAUUUGUUUUUAAUUUAAACUAAGCCAUAAAAAACAACGACAACAUGCGGGCGUUUCUGCCUCGCUGUUUUCUCACUUAGCUCACUUACUUGGUCACAAUGCUAACUAGCUAGCUAAUGCUAACGUUAGCUUAGGCACACAUAACAUUUUAAUACAGCGUGGUGGAUAUUAUCCUCUUUAAUCUUCACGUCAAACGGCUCGUAAACAAGAGAUCGCAGAAAUUACCAGCAUUUCGGAUGGCGGUGGCUUCCGCCUCAAUGACGGAUAAGAUCAUAGUCCUUGAUGAUGAUGAUGAAGAGGAGAGUCCUCAACCCUCCUGUUCUGCCACCACCUCGCCCUCUCAGCAUCGAGCCAAAAAUGUCUUGUCACUCAGAGCUCAGCAGUCUGCCCCGACCCACAUUACCCAGUCACCUUUUGCCUCAGCGAAGAAGGAGAUGCACGUUCUGCAGGCAGAGAAUCAGAGGUUGUUCAUCGAGUUUGUGGCGCACUGCUCCCCUCUCACCCAGGACUGCCCCGAGGUCUUAACCUUCCUCAAAACCAAGCAUACCAAGGCCUGCCCUGACUAUCUCUCAUCCGUGGAGUUCAGGAACACCUUGGGACGCUGUUUGACUCAUGCUCAGGCCAACCGUUCCAAAACCUUUGUCUUCAUAAAUGAACUGUGCACUGCACUCAGGCAGCAUGCGGCCAAGAAGAGGCUGAGCCUCACCAAGGUUGAUCCUGGGUCUUCUACCUCAACAUCAAGCUCUUCCCAGUUUACCUCUGUUAUGGUCAAAGGAGAAGACAAGACUAAAGUUAAGACUGAUGACAAAGAGGAACGGGCGAAACCCACCGCGGAGGAUGAGCAACCUUCCACCUCAGGGCUGCAGGAGAGCAAUAAUGAGGAGGAACAGCAGGCAGAGAGGAAGGCAAAGAGGGCAUCCAGGAAACAGAUAGCGUACCUGGAGAACCUGUUAAAGGUGUACAACGACGAGAUCCGCCGCCUGCAGCAGGCCGAGCUGAGUUUAGACGACCUGGAAAAUGAGGAAUCUUUAUACAUCCAGGAACACAAGCUCAAACGCAAGAUGAUGAAGAUUUAUGAAAAGCUGUGUGAACUGAAGAGCUGCAACACACUAACAGGCCGAGUCAUCGAGCAGAGGAUCCGCUACAGUGGGACUCGUUAUCCUGAGAUCAACAGGAGGAUCGAGCGUUUCAUCAACAGCCCUGAAGCUCACAGGAACCCUCCGGAUUACCAAGACAUCCUCCAGCAGGUGCUGCGUGCCAGUGAGCGCCACAAUCUGGGCCUGAGUCGAAAUAGGCUGAACCAGAUCGCCAAGGAGGCUUUCAGGGAGACCGGGAGCAGCCUGCAGGAGAGACGUCACCUGGACCUCGUGUACAAUUUCGGCUCGUGGCUUACUGACCCCUACAAGCCUGCCACAGACCCGGCUCUGACAGACUCCUCACUGCUGAGGAAGCUUCGGUCGAACAGAGAAGUGGCUCUGUCCCGUCUGGAUGAGGUCAUCUCCAAAUUCUCCAUCGAACAAGAGGACAAUGAGGACCAGGAGAGGGCCAAACGGCUGGAGAGAGACAAGCAGAAAGAGGCCAACAAGUCAGAAAAUGAAGAGGAGAAAAAAAAGGUCAACGGGAUAGCAGAGGAAGAAGAAGAGGAGGAGGAGGAUGACGAUGAAGACGAUGAAUCAUCAGACCCGGACAUCGAGGAAGAGAUCCAGGCCAGCACUCAGCAGGAUGGACUAGACGAGGACGACAACGAGGAAGAUGACGGGAAUGAAGCGGAACCAGCAAGUGAUGAUGUCAACAAGGAGGACCAGCUGGAUCAGUUGUCAAGAAGCGUUUCCGCAGGGGAGGAAGAAAGCGGGAAAGAUGAGGACGAGGAGCCCGUCACAAGUGGAUUCAGUCCGCUCUCGAACGAAACCAAGUCCCAGAUCUCUCCGCUGUCUGACGUCCCCUCCCCUCGACAGAGCCCCAGCCAAUCAGAGCCCAUGCAGACUGAUGACCAGACAGCGUUGUCUAAUGGUAACCAUGCAGGAUUAGAGGAGCACGUGGAUUCCUCAAAUCAAGUUUCAGUCGUGCUGGUCAGCACCAGUAUAGUCACUGAGGACCUCACCACUCCGGCAGCAGCCAAUGGGGUGUCUCUGCCCCUGUCGCCAGUGGUCAUUAUAGAAAAUCUUGACACGCAUGCUACCACCGGCACGUCGCCGCCGCCCAGCAUCAGAGCCACGAGGAGUCAGAAGAGGAAGAGGGAGGACACUUCACCAGAGAAGUCCCGAAAUACAAAGCACAUCCUCAUCCAUGACAGUGAGGCUGACAUCCCUCUGGAUAUGGGUGUUUACAGCUGCAGUUCUCCGCAGCCCGUAGAGUCAACCCGAGCAGACACUCCAACCCAUGAAAUGGUCAGCAGCUCGCACUCGACUCCGCCUCCCAAGAAAAACAAGGUCAACGUGGCCACCCAGUGUGACCCCGAUGAAAUCAUUGUGCUAUCAGACUCUGAGUGACCUCUCACCUUUGAACUCUUGCUUUAACGCAAGAUUCUUCCUCAUCUCAAACGGAUUCUGGGAGAGGUUUCUUGAAAAUAAGCGUUUCUAAGGAGCGCUUUGUCUGCUAGCUUGUAAGAAGAGGGAAGAUGUGAUCUGCACAGCCAUUUGUGGCUUUUGAGGACGGGGAACACGAUGAUUCUGGUACCUCACUAGAUUACAUUUAAGCAAGACAACAUACGUGUUUCUGUUAUAGACUAAAAUAAAAUAAUUGCAACCUAACAUUUGAAAGGAAGCUGUUUAAUCAGGAUGGGGUUUUUUUUGUUUUUUUGGAAAAUCAUGGAGUCCCGUCUUCUGCCGUGUGCACCAGAGAAUACAGCUGUCAUUUUUUUCUAAGCGGAGAGACAUUGGCCGUCUUCUCUCCCUUUUUUAUGGUUAAAGUAAUCUGAACCACGCAGAUUUAUACUGUUCUGAACACAGAGCUAAAAAACGUUUUUCUUGUUAUAAUAUCCCGCAUUUUAAACUUUUGUUUGUGUGGUUUAGUUAAGAAACCAGUGCCUGAUAUCAUGAACUGAGCAGCCGGACACAUGGUACAAACGGGGAGUUUUGUUUUCACAGACGGUUGACUGGCGAGGACUUUAACGCACCGCCGGUUUGUUUACAUUUUUAUAUUUCAAUUGCGUUUUUUUCUCCCACUUUUGAGCAUGGGUAGAGGUGGUUUUGAACAAAAGGAAUUUUGAGAGGAUUGUUUUACUUGCAGUUUCUGGUGUGCAUUGAAUAAGUGAGCUGUGUGGUGGUUUGUACUUAAUUGUUAACGACAUGUGGACUGCAGAAGUGACAGUGGACACUGACAUAUUUUAAAUGUUUCCUCGUUGUUUUCCCUCUAAAAAUAUUUCUAUUUUCAGGUUUAUAAUAAAGUAAGUUGCUAUUUUUAUUUAUGUCCGCUGCAGGAUCACUGAAUAGUUUUCAGAUAGCUUCUGGUUUGAAUGAUGAUAAGGCUUAUACAUAAAUAUUUGAAGGAUAAAGCCGGCAAAAUUCUAUAUUGUUCUUGUCAACAAAUCCCAUGACCAAAACUACAGAUGAAUUGGUACUUUGAGUUCUUAUAAAUAAAUCUUAUGCCUCUGUUUCCCAGCAAUGAGUCCUAAAACACGGAAAUGAGUUAAUAUUUUAGCACUUCCUGGUCUUAAAGUCCAUGUGUUUUUAAUGGAUUGUUAUUUUGAUGCCUGAAAUAAGGUCUGUGGUUAACACAAGAGUAAGAGACUUUCAAAUUUUGUGUUUCUCCAUAAAGUACGCCAGUAAAUACCCCACCCAUGAAGUUGAAAAUAUAUAAAAUAAUAUAAAAAUAAGGUCUUAAUUGCUAUUAAAUUGUCUCAAAUCAAUAUUUCCGAAGUCUUCAAAAUGCAGAGACGUAAGAUUUUAUAAUUAGCAAAAUCUUAAAAUAAUAAUUUACAGAAUGCUUAUUGUGUUACCGUCACCAUAAAGUCAUGUUUUCUAUUGCAUUAAAUAUUUGGGAAAAAUUAUCCCCAUACCUAAAUAAUACAUGUGAAUAUUUGGGGUUUUUUUGUUUUCGUUUUAGUUUUGUAAAAUUGGUCUCACAUUUAAUUCUGAGUAGCAGUAAAAAAAAAAAAAAAAAAGUCUUAGAAAGCCUUAAUUCCCACUUGCCUGAAGCAUCACACCGAACACGGCUUUACAGGCGUUUGGUGGCGACGAUGAAAUCAUAUCUCUGUGGUGUAGUUAGUUUAUAGCCGAAUGCUAGAUUUUACUUCUCGUGAUUGCAUUUAGACUUUAAAAAAAAUCAUAAAAGUAGUUCAUUUGUUACGAUUAUCUUGCCGAACGCAACAUCUAAACAUUAUAAACUUAUUUUUUUUGCCACAGCUUAUUUUGUAAUAGUCAAUACCAAUUUAAAAAUCCUGUUGGUUUAUGUUUAAGAAAACCAGCAUCGCUAAUUUACAAACGAAAAAAACCCAAAAACCUUAAUCCCUGCAGUUCUCCAUUAUUGUCCACAAACUAUUAAAGAGACAUUAAUGAGCCACACUGUUGCACUGGGUCUUUCUCAUGAUAAUAAACAUGGACUAGCGUAGUUUAAUGAGUCCUUAUGCUCCUGCUGCUGGAAAUACUCACUAGAGCAUCAAAGGUGUAUUUGUUUGCAACUGAAAAUAGUCCCUAAAAAUGCACCAUUUUCUCCUCGAGUAAAGUGUGCUUAAAAACUAUUGUAUAUUUUUUUAGAAAAUUAUUGAGCUGUAGGAAAAGAAAGUAGAGAGAUGAACUAACACACUGCUGGUUUUGGCGUUUAUGUGGGAUUUGUUGACAUGAAACUUCAUCCUUUAAGUCGCUGUUACACUAAAUUUUUCCUCAUGAUUCUGAUAUAUCUCAAAGAAAUGCAGCGUAAAAAGGAUAAAUUCUACCUGCGCCUCUGCCUGGCCCCGAUAAAGACAUUUAUACAGCUGCUCCUCACAGCUAAUGCGCAAAUCAAAACCAAUCACACUAGUAUUUUUCUGUCUUUUAUUUUAGCCAAACUUCGCUCAGUUAAAUAUCCUAAACAUUUAAGUUUAAUGACAAAAUUAAAAUAAAAAUUCUGACACACCGACAAUUUACUUUCAAACAAAUAAUCAUUAUUUGUCAGUGCAGCUUUUGCAUUUUUUGUUUCCUCCUGAAUAUUCAGCUACAUUCUGAAAAAUAUGUCCCUGCCGUAUUUAGAAUUAAUUUAAAACAGUAUUUUUAUUAUGAGUUAAAAUCAGUGUUGCACUUCAGUUUGUUUUUAGUAUUAUUAUUAUUAUUAUUUUAAGCUGCACGUACUGUGUUCUUUUUUCUAACUACUGGUCUGGCUGGUCUCUUUGAACCAGAGCAUUAGUUUGUUGAUGAAAGUGUUUUGGUGAAAUUCCUCUUUUUUUUGUCCUGACUAUGAUUGCUGUUUUUUUUUUUUGUUGUUUUUUUUUUCCAGAAUCCAAUUUUUAUUAAACUUUAUCACAUAGAUUAAAAUGAUAUUAUUUUGGGAUAAACAGUCUUUCCAAAGUUAGCACAAUGCAGAUCUGGAAUGUAGUUGACGUAGCUUCGAUCUGUCGGGCCUCAUUUAUGCAGAGGGGUGAUCCAUCAUUCACUGUGAAUUUUUCCUUUUUCAGUUUUGAUAAAUAAAUGAUAUGUUUUAUAUAUA